AUGUCUGGGUAUAUCAUCCGUUCGAAUGAGCUAAUCGAAAACGGCUAUGAGUUCUUCACAGAUCGUCGUCUGCUUACAAUCUUUACGGCUCCCAACUACACAGGUAACUUUAAAAACUAUGGGGCCAUUGUCUCUCUACACAAAAGCCCAAUGGAUCAAGAGAUAAGGUGUCGUAUCAAGGUUGUUAAGCCGAUCAUGAAGCUGCGCUCAAAGAUGACCGGACAGAUGACAAUCGAAAUAGAAGACUCUCGUGUCUAUCUUGGGGCUGAAGUAAAGGAUGUUGAACAGGAGGUAUCUUGA